AUGCACCUCAUCCUCACAGGGGCGACAGGCCUCGUCGGAUCCGGCGUUCUGGACGCCAUGAUUAAGAUGAAGGACGUGACCAAGAUUUCCAUCCUCGCGCGCCGCCCAGUUGCCAUGGCUGAAAAUGCCAAGGAUCCCCGCAUCGACGUGAUCAUCCACAAAGACUUCAACAGCUACAGCCCAGAGGUCCUCGACAAGUUGCGGGGCGCCAAAGGCGUCGUCUGGGCCCUGGGCAUCAGCCAGAACCUCGUUAGCAAAGAAGACUAUGUCAAGAUCACCAAAGACUACACCCUCGCCGCCGCCGAAGCCUUUGCGCCCCUCGCUUCCGCCGACGAGCCGUUUCGCUUCGUUUACGUCUCCGGCGAGGGCGCCACGCAUUCGCCCGGCCGCUUCACGCCCAUAUUUGGACGCGUCAAGGGCGAGACGGAGAUGGCCCUGUCAGAGAUGCGCGACACGCGCCCAGGCUUCCUGACCGAGUCGGUGCGCCCGGCGGGCGUGGAUGCGGGGCACCACGCCGCCAUCAAGCCGUACAUACCGAAUCCGGGGCUCAUGUACAAUGCAAUGUGGGUGCUUUUCGCGCCCGUCAUGCUCGUGGCCAAGUCGUUCCACUCGCCGACGGAGCCGUUGGGGCAGUUCCUCACGGGCAUGGCGAUGGGCAAGUAUGAUGGUCCGUUGGCGGCUGGCGGGCAGGGUGUCCAAACGUUGAGCGGGGGCUCGAGGGUCGUUUCGAACGUCGGGUUCCGCCGGUUGUUUGGGCUGUGA